AGAGAGUGCAGCUGACCUCAGAGGAACCUCUCGUGACUCUUUUACCUGCACUGCUGCAUUCCUGCCCUGGAAAUGCUGGGUCCCCUCCUUCCAGCGCUGAGAAGUAGCCUGUGCUGGGGUGUGGUCCUGAGACAAACCUGGAAAUGAAAAGGCAGCAGUGCAGGAAAUGAAAGCACAGCCAUGUCCUUAGCUGUGGUGCUUUGCAUUCAAGAUGAGCUUGUCCAGAAAUUGUUACCUCUGCCAAGGUGCCUCUGGUCCUGCGGCAACGAAGGGCAGGUAUAAAAGGCAGCCCAGGUCCUGCUCUCCCAUCCACUUCUCCUGCCUCCUUCUGCUUGGGAACCAGGUGAAUCUCCAGCCUCAAGACAUGUCCUGCUGCAAGCCUUGCCCACCCUGCCAGCCCUGUGGUCCUACCCCACUGGCCAACAGCUGCAAUGAGCCCUGUUGUGUGAGGUGCCAGGACUCCACCGUUGUCGUUGAGCCUCCUGCUGUGGUGGUGACCCUGCCUGGACCCAUCCUCAGCUCUUUCCCGCAGAACACUGCUGUGGGCUCCUCCACCUCUGCUGCUGUUGGCAGCAUCCUCAGCUGUGAUGGAGUGCCCAUCAACUCCGGGGGCUUUGACCUCUCCUGCAUUACCAACCGCUACUCGUGCAGGCCCUGCCGGCCCUGCUAGAGCUGCUGGUGACUAUGUGAGAUGAGGGCCCCUGUGCACUCUGAAUGUGAUGUUGGACAGAAGAUCAUACUCCGGGCCAUUGUUUUAGGAGCUGCUGGUCACCUCUGGCUUGUCCUUUAAGGGCAAGUUGAAAGAUGAUAUUUUUGGCUCUCUAUAAGCAUGGCCAAGGUCUACCUUUUGUCUUCCACUCAGCCUCGUUCUGUCUUUCUUUCAUUUCCUUGUGCUCCACUCAAAGCUGCCUUGAGGGCCUCUGGAAGCAGGCUGGAUGAACCCUCCAGCCUGUCUCUCUUUGUUGGGCACGUUAGUAAUGCCCUGUGGGAAGUCUGCCACAGGAAAAGGGAAACGGAUUCUUGGCUGCUUUUCUCCUCCCCUUGCUGGGCACCUCCACUUGGAGUGACCUCAUUUCUGUCUUCAGACUCAUUAAAAAUUGCUGCAACUCUG